GUCAGUUUGAAGAAUCAGGCAGUACCCUAUGGGAAUAUCAUUAAAAACAACUCAUAUAGAAUGGAGGGUCUGCCUGAUGGUGUUAUUUUCAAAGACCCUAAUUCUUAUGGUUUGUCUACUCUUAGGCAAAUCAUAAGCCAGAAAGAAUCCAUCAAAUUUGUAAACGUGACACCAGCUUCCACACUUGCCUCAUCUGCAACAUCAUCCAAGGAAUUAGAAAAUGGAAAUAUUACGGAUGUCACGGAUGCUCCAGCUAUUCCUUUAGAACUGAGAGAAGUACCCAUGGAGGAAGUAGCCGAUGCUUUAGAUAUUACUAUAGAAUUAGAAAAUGGAAAUAUUACGGAUGUCACGGAUGCUCCAGCUAUUCCUUUAGAUCUGAGUAACAUGCACAUGGAGGAAAUCACAGGUGCUCCAGAGAUUCCAUUAGAUGUUUUAGAUUCAUUAGCUGCAACAAUUCAUGGUGAUGCUGUAGAGGAGCAAACAAGUGUUAUUAUACCUAAAGAAGAAGAAGAGUCAAAUGACAUGUACAAAGUGUCCAGUCUUCUUGCCAAAAAGAAAAUUGGAAGAAAACAGUUCUUUUUGGUGCACUGGGAAGGAUAUGAAUCUUCCGAAGCUACCUGGGAACCAAGAAAGAACAUUCCAAAUUAUUUCAUAAAAUCAUUUCUUAGGUAG